GCUUGAGAGACUUUCUUUCAUUCACAGAGAGCUAGAGUUGCAAAAUGAAGUUUAAAUUAACCAUAUGGCUUAACUGCUACACUGAUGGUGAGUACACCAUUGUCUCCACCAUUCUCAAAGAACUUGCUUUUAGGGUUCUUGCCAUUCUCCUGCUGUAUUUCAAUCUUGGUGUAUAAGAUUACAUCACUGCUCACCACCACGAGCCUGCUCGACGUGCUGCUGGUUGGGCAGCAGAUAAGCAUCUUGUUCAUGUGCAUUUGCGGGGUCUCUGCUUUUAUGGGAUUAUUCAAUUAUAUCCACCGGCUCUCUGUUGGGGUCUUGAAUGAGCCGCCCAAGCCCAACGAAGCUAUGACAUCCUUGCUCAAUGCAAUGAAGAAUGAGCAAGAAAGUACACAAUCUCUUCUUGCUGCAGCAAUGAUUUUGGCUGUGACUGAGCCUGAGAAUCCAAGCAUCCUCACGUUGGUUAACGCAUUGAAAGAACGUUAUGCUACCGCUCCUUCCAUUUAACACUUGAAACACCCAAUGUUUGCUUCUGUUUAUGUAUUUUCUUCUAUCUAGUUGACUUUUUGGAUUUUUGUUUCUUAGGAUUAUUGUGUUUCAAUCCUUUGACUCUUUUCGGAUUUGUGGUUUUAUUUAUGAAUUUGUGUUUCUUAGGAGUCUCUUGCGUUUAACCUAUGUAUGUCUCUG